AUGGCCAGCUUCGAGAAGCUAAAGAGGCGUCGAAGGGAGGAUUACCACUAUAUUUUGGACUAUCGAACACGAUGGGCCGAUAAUGACAUGUAUCAACACAUGAACAACAGCAUUUACAACUUCUUAUACGAUUCCGUCGUCAACACAUACCUGAUUGAGCAUUGUGGCCUGUCGCCCUCAGGCUCCGAGCAGCACGGCCUCGUGGUACACUCGCACAGUGAUUACUUUGCGUCCAUCUCUUUCCCCGCGGUUGCGGAAGUAGCACUUCGGGUCAACAAGCUGGGCAGAUCAAGCGUGACUUAUGAAAUUGCCGUAUUUGAGAAGGACGUGGAUGAGGUCAGAGCCGUCGGGGAAUUUGUCCACGUCUUUGUCCAGAGAUCUACCGGCCGGCCAACCGCAUCUGGAAUGAGCAAUGAAAUGCGGAGAGGCUUGGAGCGAAUUCUCGCGGUGGAAACCAAGGAAAACAAGCUCUAA